AUGGCCCAGGAUCAUAUGACCUAUUAUGCUAAUAAGAAAAGAAAAGCAGUUAUGACAAAGGAAGGAGAUUGGGUCUUCUUUAAAAUCAGACCCCAUAAGCAAGUUUCUCUGCCUACAAAAUUACAUCCCAAAUUGUUAGCCCGUUAUUAUGGACCAUUUUUGGUGGAAAAACGAGUAAGACCAAUGGCUUUUAAGAUGCAACUACCUGAAACAGUGAGAAUACACCCAAUAUUCCAUGUUUCACAGUUGAAAAUUGCUAUUGGUGCACAUCAUGUUGAAGGCACACUACUAGUAGAACUGCAGGUUGAUCCACAUGUAUAUCAACCAAUGAAAGUCCUCCAAAAACGAACCAUACAACACCAAGGAAAGGAACUACCCCAAGUGUUAAUACAAUGGCAGGAAGGUGGAUUGGAGGGUGCUACUUGGGAAGAAGUGCAGUAUAUCAAACAACAGUUUCCAUAUUUUAACCUUGAGGACAAGGUUGAUGUUGAGGAAGCGGGUAAUGUUAGGAAGUUGCAAUCGUGGUGGAGAAGCUUGCGAAGAGGCGUUGGUGCGACAGAUGAAGAUGAUUGUGUCAUUCCAUCUUUGUGUUUCUGCGAUUUGGGUUUUGCUCGCGAGAGGUUGGUGAUGAUGUUAGUGGUUCUUCACUAUUGCAGCACGAAUCGCGCUUCUGGUUUGAAGGAGAUUUCUAGUUCUUUGGAUUUUGAUCUUCUGUCUUUUAGGUUGAUGGUGGCUGAUGGAGAAUGA